AUGACGUACCACUGCACCACGCAGCGCCAUGAAACCGCCAACUGUACAGCGGCCCAGCUGGGAUCCAAUGGCCGUAUUUCUCGCUAUCCAGUCAACGCCACCCUCUGUUACUUCGUCGACCUAGAUGGGUUCCAGGCCAAAGCUGAUGGCGAGUACGUCGCAGCCUGCUUCGAGGCGGCCACACAGGCAUGGGGCCUCGGCCCUGUGCAAUUCAAGCGGUCAUUUGAUCGCAAAGAUGCCUUCUUUUCCGUCGUCUACUCCCGCGACGCCCCCAGUGACAGAACCCUAGCCGCGGCCUUCUUUCCAAACUGCCCUGCCGAGUCGCGCAUGGUCAGGGUCUUUCCUCUGGCCUUUGUGUUCCGCGACGCCAUGGUCAACACCUUCUGUCAUGAACUCGGCCACGUACUGGGCCUGCGCCACGAAUUCGCCGCUCACACGGAGAAAGACGAUCCAUCGGUCCACUGGGGCUUUCCCAAUCCCGAGUCUGUCAUGACUACUACAACCACCCGCUCGAGAUGGCGGUGCACGAGUUGGACAUUGUGCUCACAAAUGCUCUAUAUGCGUACGAGGGAGACAGCUUGCAGGGGUUCCCUAUCGAUGUAG